AUGAAAGCCUCUUUCAUCACCAUUUUCGCUACUCUGGCCUCCUCGGCUGUGGCUGCCCCUACUCUCCCCGUUCUUGGUGAGAUCUCUGGGUCCGUUUCUGUUGGCCCCUCUGCCACUUCCACGACUUCUGUUAGCGCCGACGGCAAGAUUAUCCAGGACGUCGGCCACAGUGUCAACAAGAUUCUGACUGUCACCGGGCCAAACGCGAAGAAGCUCCUCGUUGAGUUGAGCCCUGAAGUUACUGAUCUCCUGUCCGGCUUGGGUCUCCCUGGUGUUGGUACGUCUAUCGGCUCCAUUAUCAAGACUGCCGGCAGCGUCGGCGAUCUAGUCAAGGACCUAGGCCCUGCUGUGGAUGGCCUAUUGACUGUUGUGAGCAAGGACCUCGGUGCUCUUUUGAUCCAGCUGUCCCCUGAGGUUGCUGGUCUCCUGUCUGGCCUGGGUCUCCCUGGCGUUGGUGUUCCCGUUGGCUCGGUUGUUGCCACUCUCGGUGAGAACUUGAAGCGUUCUCCUGAGGGUAAGAUUAUCGAAGACGCUGCUCCUGUGGUCAAGGAUGUUCUCGAGGUCACCGGUCUUGAUGCCAAGCGCCUUCUCAUCCAGCUCAGCCCUUCGGUCGCCUCCCUCCUUGCCAGUAUCGAUCUACCCGGUGUUGGUUUCUCUAUCGGACAGGUAAUCAAGGUCACUAGCAGCGUCGGUGAUCUCCUCAAGGAUCUCGGCGAGCCUGUUGAGCAACUCCUGACUGUUGUGGGCGAGGAUGGCUCUGCCAUCCUUAUCAAACUGUCUCCUGAAAUUGCCGAUCUUCUCUCCGGUCUUGGUCUCCCCACUCUGGGCACUUCGGCUGGAAAAGUCAUCGCUACCCUUGGCAAGAUACUGUGA